AUGAGCGCUCCUCCGCCACCUCCGUCUGCAGCCGGCGCCUCCACAGAGACGAAGACCGCGUCGCCGCCGCGCAACGGACUUACCAAGGAGGAUGUGGUGGGUCAGGAGUUGAUCCAGUGGCUAGAGAGCAACGGCGCCGACACGAAGAAGCUGACUCUGCAGGAAUAUGCACCCGAAGUGCGUGGUGUGCACAGUCGCAAGGUUCUGGUGCCUGGCGAGCGUAUCCUCGUGAUCCCGAAGAAGUGCCUCAUCACAGUGGAAAUGGGCAAGCAGACGGACAUCGGACGCAAGCUGCUGGCGCGUAAUGUGGACUUUGUGGCGCCCAAGCACAUUUUCCUCAUGAUGUUCCUGCUCACAGACAUGGAGCACGUGGAGACGUCCUUCUUCCGCAAUUACUACAGUACACUUCCCUCCACACUCAGUAAUAUGCCCAUCUUCUGGUCCGAAGAGGAGCUCAGCUGGCUCAAAGGCUCGUACAUCAUCCAGCAGAUCCAGGAGCGCAAGGCCGCUAUCCGCAAGGACUACGACGUCAUCUGCAGGGUGGACCCGUCGUUCGCGAGGUUCUCGCUCGACCGCUUCAGUUGGGCGCGUAUGAUCGUCUGCAGUCGUAACUUCGGCCUGACAAUUGACGGAGUGAAGACGGCGGCGCUCGUACCGUUUGCAGACAUGCUGAACCACUACCGUCCACGCGAGACGAGCUGGACCUUCGACCAGAGCAUUGACGCGUUCACUAUUACGUCUCUGGGAACGAUCGGCACGGGCGCACAGGUUUACGACUCGUACGGCAAGAAGUGCAACCAUCGCUUCCUGCUCAACUACGGCUUUGCCGUCGAGGACAACACUGAAGAGGACGGCCGCAACCCGAACGAGGUGUUGAUCGAUUUCCAGUUGUCUCCUGCCGACGGACAGCUAUUCUACGACAAGCGAGCGUACCUGCACGAGAGCGGCAUCUACACCAUGGACGCUCGACUGAGCUGUUCGCACUCGGAUGCCAACACACGCGAGGGAUUCAGCUUCGCUCGUCUGAUUGUUGCUACUGAAGAGGAGUUCUCCACGAUGAAGAUGAAGAGCCCCGCGCACUCGUCUCCGCCCAUUUCGUUCGACAACGAGAUCCGCGCGCUCCAGUAUCUACGCAAUCUGAUGACCCACCAGCUCAGUCUGUACGACACGACUAUCGAAGAGGACAAUGAACUUCUGGCCUCAAAGCAGUACCCGCUGUUCUCCAACCGCAUCCAGGCGCUGUUCUUCAUCCGGGGCGAGAAGCAGGUGUGCCGAUACUUCCAGGAGCUCGCAGACAAGGUCAUCCCGCUCUUCAGCCUGCCUCUGGCUCAGUGCCGCGAGGAACUGCAGCGCAGUUUCGAUGGAGAUGGCGACAUCGACCGCUACGCGCAAGACGUCAUCGCCUAUUUAGUGACGCAAGUGUACCGCGAGAGCUAG